AAGAGGUAGGCAUAUGAACAGACUAUUUGUAGAAAACAGCUCUUCGUCUGUCUUGAAUGCAUUACCCUGGCAAAUUUGAUGAUAUUUUCUCACAUUUGRCUUGAUUGUGCAGAUAUCCCCCWGAGAUGCUCUGAAAAGAGGAAGKGGCAGACUGUGUGAAAAAUACCAACUCUGAGGUUUCCUGGAYGCAAAAACAUACUCAAUCUAACGAUGGUUGAAGAAACAACAGUAGUGCACAGUAACUCUACCGGAAGACUGAACCAGCCCUUCCACUGCCUGGCCCCUCAGGAUCUGGUGGCCAACAUACUGCCUCCUGUCCUGAUUAUAGAGCUCCUAGUGGGCUUGCCAGGCAACGUAAUAGCCCUGUGGAUCUUCACCUGCCGUCUGAAGACUUGGAGGGCCAACACCCUGUUCCUCUUUAACUUGGUCCUGGCAGACUUCCUACUGCUCAUCUGCCUGCCAUUCCGCAUUGACAACCUGUUCCGUGGGGAACACUGGGUGUUUGGCGAAGCCUGGUGCCGGAUCAACCUCUUCAUGCUCGCUGUCAACCGCUCGGCCAGCAUCGCCUUCAUGACUACCGUGGCCUUCGACCGCUACUUCAAGGUGGUCCACCCYCACCACCUAGUCAACCACAUGACAUCUACCCAGGCAGGAUGGGUGGCGGGGGGCAUCUGGGCGGUGGUGAUCUCCCUGCGGCUCCCCCUGCUGACCACCGACCUCCUCAAGCAGAAUGGCAACAUGUCCCUGUGUCGCAGCUUCAGCUCCUACACUGUUACUCCCCUGGCAAUCAAGAUACACAACAUGGUGUUCYUCGGAGAGUUCUUCCUGCCCCUGCUGCUCUUGCUCUUCUGCUCAGCCAGGAUUGCCUGCAUCUUGCGCGAACGGCAACUGGACAAGGAGCAGAAGGUGCGGCGGGCCAUCCGGGUGGUUGGGCUGAUCGUGGCUGUGUUUGUGCUGUGUUUCUUUCCCGGCAUCGCCACAGGCCUGAGUACGGUCUAUAUCAAGGAGGUCAGACCCGAGGACUGUGUGUCUUACAACAUMGCUGCGCAGCUCUUCAGCCUGUCCAUUGGAUUUACCUACCUUAACAGUGCCUUGGACCCAGUCAUCUACUGUUUUUCCAGUUCCAUGUUCCGAAACUCCCUCAAGAGCUCCAUCAAUAAGCUGGGCCUGGUGGAGAUGAGGCUGAGUCGACGGGGAAGCAUGGCCAGCGAUGGAUGAAGAGCGAGGCACCCACCUUCUAGAAGGCCCUAUAAAGGAGAACAGGAGCAGAUUUCAUGGCUGUGAAUCGAAUGGAGACUAGACAUUGKAAUUUUACAGCUACAAUUAACAAGCCAUAUUAUUUUAAUAUUUUUAUUUUACCUUCAUUUAACUAGGCAAGUCAGUUAAGAACAAAUUCUUAUUUUCAAUGAC